AUGAAUCGAGAAGAUAUCCUGUACGGCACGAACUUUCCUCCAGAGGUUCAAAACGCUUUGAACCAGGUUCUUCCGUCAACGGAUCCUCUCGACAAGUCGGAUUUCGAUCCUGUGACGUACAUCAACUCAAUUUUUCCGAAUGAACAAAGUCUAGCGAACGUAGACGAUGUGAUGCUGAUGCUGCGGAACCGAAUAGGAGGCUUAGAUGAUGAAAUUCGAUCGGUCGUCAGACGGCAAACGGCUCCGAAUGCAGAUGGAAGAGCUUCUCUUAAGGAAGCACAGACUGCCCUUCACCACCUCUUCGCUUCUGUCAAAGAUAUCAAGGAGAAAGCAGACUCGUCUGAGAAACGCGUUAAGGAAAUCACGCGAGACAUAAAACAAUUGGAUCACGCCAAACGUCAUCUGACAGCGUCGAUAAAGUCCUUGAAUCAGAUGCAGAUGUUGAUCGAGGGAGCCGAUCGCCUCAGAGAACUCACCAAACAGAGAGAAUAUCAGGGCCUCGCGCAGCUUCUCCAAGGAGUCAUCACCGUGCUCGAAGAUUUUAGACCCUUCCUGGGAAUACCCCAGAUUGCCACGCUAGCGGGGGAUGUCUCCCAAAUAAGGAGAGAGCUCGCAGAUCAGAUCUCUGUAGAGUUCAGGGAAAAUUUCGGACCUGGGAAAACUAUGAAGCCGAACAUCGCUCAUGCAUGUCAAGUUCUGAAUCACUUGGAACCGCAGGUGCGACGUGAUCUAAUCGAAUGGCUAGUGAACGAGCAGCUCUCGGAAUAUCGUGUCCUAUUCAAUCAGGACCAAGAGAUGGCAUGGCUGGAUCAUAUCGACAAGAGGUAUGCUUGGAUCAAGAAACAUUUGCUGUAUUUCGAAGAGACCAUGGGGUCAGUUUUCCCUCCGGAAUGGGAAAUGGCUGAGCGUGUAGCUGUGAAAGCUUGUGAGACAACCCGUAAACAGCUGGCUGACAUCAUGGCGCAAAGAGCAUCUCAAAUCGAUGCUGGCCUCCUAGUGAAUGCAAUGACGAAAACUUCGGCUUUCGAAGUGCUUCUCUCGCGUCGUUUCACCGGACUCACUUUAUGCGGACGCAACUCGCCGGGGAAUCCAUUCGACGUAUCUGAGGAGCAAGCCGUUGAAACCAAGUCCGCGAGCGAUGCGUCGAAAGGCGCGAAAUCCACGAACAUUCCAGACAAUCCUUUCAACGGCUUGAUAUCGUCUUGCUUCGAACCGCACAUAAAUGUCUACAUGGAGACCCGCUCCAAGGAGCUUUCCCAGAUGAUGGACAAGUUCGCCAAGGAGGCCGAGCAGAUGUUGCCACCCAAAGUUGACGGAUCACCGGCGUCGACUCUUCCCUCGUGCGCGGACCUAUUUAUGUUCUUCAAGAAAUGCCUGGUGCAAUGCACCCAGAUGCCGGCGUGCCAGGGACAAGGCCUCGUUUCAUUGAGUACAACAUUCAGAAAGUACCUGAGAGAAUAUGCCAACCGAGUUCUCCAGGGUGCUCUUCCCAAAAAUGGGCUAUCCAGUGGAGCUCUCGGUAUCACGGUUCCUUCCAUGUCGUCGAGACCGCUCCUGGCGAACCUCCAAACCCUCGUCGAACAAUCUGGAAUGGGAUACGUAAUGGCUACUCGUUUCACUCCGGGCGAAAUCUGUCAAGUCUGUGCGGUGUUGACCACUGCCGAAUAUUGCUUGGAGACAGUUCAACAACUUGAGACGAAACUCAAAGAAAAAGUGGCGUCACCCAAGCUCCAAGAAGAAAUAUCCUUCUCCGCGGAAUUGGAUCUCUUCCAUCUCGUAGUCAACCAGAGCAUCCAAUUACUGGUCGCCGAUCUUGAGGCUGCUUGUGAGCCGGCUUUCGGCUCGAUGCUGAAAGUCAAUUGGGCUUCUCUCGAGGCCGUCGGCGAUCAGAGUCCUUUUGUCAACGCUAUCGCCUCUCAUCUGUCGCAGAACAUCAGCCUCCUACGAGAUUCACUGGCGAAUUCUCGGAAAUACCUCACCCAAUUCUGCGUCAAGUUUUCGAGCGGCUUCAUCUCAAAGUUCAUUCAUCAAAUGUUGAGAUGCCGACCCGUAUCACCCGUUGGGGCGGAACAAUUGCUCUUGGACACUCACGCUCUUAAAACAAUCCUUCUUGAACUUCCAACCUUAGGCGCAGAAGCGAAUUUGAGGAAAGCUCCUGCGAGCUAUACGAAAAUUGUGAUCAAGGUGAAGUCCUUGGAUGAAGAAUCGAAAAAGGCUUAUUCCCCGACUCUCUUACAGGGCUUCACUAAGGCUGAAAUCAUCUUGAAAGUUGUGAUGAGUCCCAUCGAACCUCACGAAUCUUUCAUCACGAAUUUGUUGCGCUCGCUGCCAGAGACCGAUUUGAAUGAAUUUCAACGGAUUCUGGAAAUGAAGAAUAUCAAGCGGCAAGACCAAAGUGUUCUCAUCGAAAGAUUCAAGAUGAAGGCGGGUCCUCAGGCCAUGAUCUGCACCGCUUCCACGGAGGAGAAAUCGGGGGGCCUCUUCUCGGUUCUAAAUCAGGAAAGUGGUCGGAUAAUGAGGUUGGAGAAGUUGUUGAAGAAGAAAUUCUAA